GAUACUGAUGAAUACCAACCACCUGUUUGGAAAUCUUACUGUAGAGAACAGACCCAAAUAUUAUGGAAGAGAAUUCCAUGGUAUGAUCUCAAGAGAAGAAGCUGACCAGUUAUUAAGUGUUGCAGAGGGAAGUUAUCUCAUUCGUGAGAGCCAACGGCAACCAGGAACCUACACAUUGGCAUUAAGAUUUGGAAAUCAAACCAGAAACUUCAGACUCUACUACGAUGGAAAACACUUUGUUGGGGAGAAACGUUUUGAGUCCAUCCAUGACCUGGUGACAGAUGGAUUGAUUACUCUUUAUAUUGAAACCAAGGCAGCAGAAUAUAUUGCCAAGAUGACAAUAAAUCCAAUUUAUGAACACAUAGGAUAUACAACCUUAAACAGAGAGCCAGCACACAAAAAACAUAUGCCAACCCUGAGAGAUACAUAUGAUGGCAAAGAGUCUACAGGAGAAGAUGAGGUAGCAGAGAAAAGGUUGACAUCACUUGUCAGAAGAGCAACUCUGAAAGAAAAUGAACAUAUUCCAAAAUAUGAAAAGGUUCACAAUUUCAAGGUUCACACGUUCAGGGGUCCACACUGGUGUGAAUACUGUGCCAACUUCAUGUGGGGCCUCAUUGCUCAGGGAGUAAAAUGUGCAGAUUGUGGUUUAAAUGUUCACAAGCAGUGUUCCAAGAUGGUCCCAAAUGACUGCAAGCCAGAUCUGAAGCAUGUCAAAAAAGUGUACAGCUGUGACCUUACAACGCUAGUAAAAGCACACAUCACUAAAAGGCCAAUGGUAGUAGACAUGUGUAUUAGAGAAAUUGAAUCUAGAGGUCUUAAUUCUGAAGGACUAUACAGAGUUUCAGGCUUUAGUGACCUAAUUGAAGACGUCAAAAUGGCAUUUGACAGAGAUGGGGAAAAAGCAGAUAUUUCUGUGAAUAUGUAUGAAGAUAUCAAUAUUAUCACGGGUGCACUUAAAUUGUACUUCAGGGAUUUGCCAAUUCCGCUUAUCACAUAUGAUGCCUACCCAAAAUUUAUAGAUUCUGCAAAAACCAUGGAUCCUGAUGAACAGUUGGAAACACUUCAUGAAGCAUUGAAACUACUGCCACCUGCUCACUGUGAAACCUUAAGGUAUCUCAUGGCACAUUUAAAGAGGGUAACCCUUCAUGAAAAGGAGAAUCUCAUGAAUGCAGAAAAUCUUGGCAUUGUUUUUGGACCAACCCUUAUGCGAGCACCAGAACUAGAUGCAAUGGCUGCACUGAAUGAUAUCCGUUACCAGAGACUUGUGGUGGAGAUGCUUAUAAAAAAUGAAGACAUUUUAUUUUGAAUAUUUUGUUUUGUUCUUUCUAAAAAAGGAAACAACAAUAUUCUGUGGAGGAAGGAAUAUUUUAAUGUAAUUUAACUGGCUCUUGUAGCUGAAUUCCAUAUUUGCUAGAGCUUUUGAUGUAUACAGGAUAAAAAUGAAGGAACUCUGUGUCGCUUCUGUAGUGCCAUUCAGCUGAUAUUGAAAAAAGGUUAACACAUUUUCCAGUACUAGUAAUCCUGGGUGUUUAUCAUGUUUAAAACAAAAAUCUAAAGCUCUAUUGCAUGAUUGGCUUCCUGUUCUCCCUGUUUUGAUGAAGCUCUUUCUGCAAAAGAAACGAGACCUGGUGCAGCAUCUUUUAUAAGCAUCUUUGUUCUGGAUAGUUUGUGCUUGUAAUUUAGCAUGUUUCUCAGUGUAAACCUAUUGUGAAUUUGCUUUUAUGUUCUAUGUAAUUGGUUUCUGAUACUAAAAAAGAAUGAUUUCUGUGAAAUGGGGCUUCUGGCUGUAUGUUGACAUUUCCUAUCAUUCUUUUCCCACUUUCUUGGGUGAUUUCUUCCUGGUUUCUCUCAGUUCUUUUAUCAUGUAGUAAUUUGUUUUGAACAGAAACAAAAUGUGUACUUUGUCACUUUAAUUCUUCAUGUCGUUUAUCGUGGUUGCAGUAAAAUCUGCAACACUGUACAAUAUUUCCUUUAUUGUUAUUUCAGUUGUAAUUUUGUGUUUUUAUCUGGCAUGCAUAUAUUAAUUUAUUAAAUUUUGCUGUUAGAAAUCUCA